UUGUUUCAAGAUGGCGGAUGUGGCCGCGGGGCCAGGGCCGGAAGGAGCCGCGUACUGGAGCGGGGACCUUUCUGAUGAAGACCAACCGCCUGUAUAUGUCCCAGGAGUUUCUGCAGAGAGGAAUUUUAGAGCAAGGCACCUGCUAAAAGCUCAAAAAGCAGAAUUGAAGGCCAAGGUACCUGUAGCUGCUACCCCUCUCCCAAUGGACGCCUUGAGAAACACAGAUGUACCUGGGCAGCAGGUCUCUGACAAAGGAGGAAUGAAGAGUGCUUCUCUAAAGGAUUUAUGUCCUGAAGACAAGAGGCGCAUAGCAAACUUAAUUAAGGAGCUUGCAAGGGUGAGUGAAGAAAAAGAGGUGACAGAAGAGCGUCUGAAAGCCGAGCAGGAGUCGUUUGAGAAGAAGAUCAGACAACUCGAGGAACAGAAUGAACUCAUUAUCAAAGAAAGGGAAGCUCUGCAGCAGCAAUACAGAGAGUGCCAGGAACUUUUAAGCCUUUAUCAGAAGUAUCUCUCGGAGCAGCAAGAAAAACUCACUCACUCCCUCUCGGAGCUUGAAGCUGCCAAGCAGAAGGAGCAGCAGAUGUCUAAUCAGAGAAGUCUCUGUCAGCCUCUGCCACCAUCGGAACUGGAUGGAUCCUACCUUAGUAUAGCUAGACCACAGGCUUUAUACAAGAACAACAGAACGGCGUGUAGAAGUCCUAGUCCCAGAUCUCUGGCUCAGCCUUGUAGGAAUAGUCAUAUUCAUGGAGCUGCAAUCCAGAGUAGUCAGCAAGAAGAUAUGAAUGGAUUCCUAUUGGAAAAUGGUAAAUGCAACAAUGUGGUGUCCCCAGCAAAGCAGAAAGUGCCGCCCCAUUUUAAAAGAACUCCUGAUGGGGAACAAAGAAAGAACACUUGUCCUCUUCAAACGUGCUUUUUCCACAAGAAAUUCGGCAGCUCGGAUCACAGUUCUUUCCAAGAUGGCUGCUACAUUCCAAAAAGAUAUUCUGAAUCCUCCACAGAACAUUCUUGCCCGCCACGGCCACUGGGGCUGAACGGUAGCACAGACUCGAGAUCAAAAGAAACGGAGCGUGGCAAAAGGUUAUCAGAAGAAAGAAGGAAACAGAUCUUGCUCCAGAAAAUGGAGCUAGAGAUUGAAAAGGAACGUCUUCAGAAUUUGUUAGCCAAACAGGAAGCAAAACUGUUGCUUCAGCAACAGCAGCUCCACCAAUCCAGGCUUGAUUACAAUCGGUUUAAAGGCCACACUCCUAAUUCAGAAGAACUGCUCAUUGAUGAAGUACUGAUGAGACCGGGCGGCCUGGCCCCAGUGAUGAAUGGCACUUGUGGGGGCCUGAGUUUCUCCAAGCCUCACUGUGAAGGUCGCCUUUCAAAGACGCCAGCAUCUGGGAAAGGCUGCAGAACGCCAGGAAGCGUCGGAGGGAACAGUUCUGGGAAGAAAAGCGUUGGCUUCAGCGCCCGCAGGGACAGUGAAGUCCUUUGGGAGCACGCGAAGAAGGAGGAAGCUGUCCGGCCAAGAAGAGGGAUGACUUCAGGCUCGCGGAAGGAUGCGGCUACAUCCCCCGGACUGACAGGCAGCAGGCGAGAGCUUGUAGCCACGGCCACCUCCCCAAUCCGGCAUGACACCUCGCGGUACGAGGCCUCGCUCUUUGACCUGGUGGAAGCCCUGAGCCCGGGUCUGCAGCAUCACUACAGCGGAAGUCACAGCCACAGCAAGGUGCCUGUGCCCCAAAUUGGGAGCCGGAGGAAGCCGGGUUGGAGCCGGAGCCCUUCCGGUGCUGGAGAUGGAAUGGUUGCACUAGAAGAGAGCCAAAUUCUGGAGGAGAUCUUUUUCAUUUGAUGAGCCCAGCGUUUGCAGCCAUCUUGACGGAUCCGAGAACCGACCGACCUUCCCUUUCUAACGUGGGCGUGUUUACAUGUCGGAAUAUUGGUUUUAAAUUAUUUGAUUGACAGAUGAUUGUCUCCUAUCUCCCCCUUAGAAAAUUAACAUGAUAACUUUCCUAUCCGACUCCCAAAUCAUGUUGCAAAAGCGUCGUUUUAAAUGAGCCAACCAGAGUGUUGGUGGAACCUUUCUGGGCUCUUUACAUGCACUGUUACAAGGUAUAAUUUUUAAAGGAAAAAAAAAAUUCAUGCCGUUGUGAAAGGGAUUAGCGUUUCAUUAUUGAUUUUUAUUUUUUAGCUGUGAAAACCAGUUUGCCAGAGCUUCAUCCUCUGCUCGCUCACACAAAAGCACAUUCCAAGUAUAUAAUUUUCCAUUUUAAAAGCGGCCCGUUAAACCCGAGGGUCCUGCCUCCACACAGCUAAUACAUUCCUGGAUCUAUCAAACGCCACGCUGUACCAUGUAGCUGUUUUUUGGAGGGCAGAGAACCUGCAGCUUUUCUUAACACUAAUAGAUACUUCCCAAUUAACAAAUCUCUUAGAAAAUACGCCUCUUUUAAAAAACGAACUGUGCGUUCAACCUACGGAGGUAGCAAACCCUCACUGCUUAGCCAUCUUAACAAAACUAGGCAUUUUGGCCAUCUAAGCUGCUAAACGUUCUCUGCUUAUUCCAUUUGGAAAGCACUGGAGUUGUAAGGUGAGAUCAGUUCGUAGUGUUUUCCUCUGACUUGGACUUUUUUCUUUUUUAAAAAACACCCUGCCCACUCCUUGAUGUUGUAAAUGAAGACAAAUCAGUCAUUAUUUCCACUCAUCACGCGUAAUGCAUGUUCCUCCUCCCGGCUUUAAUUAUUCAUGCGGUAUCUAUUUCAGUUGGUUUUAAAAGAUUACCACCACCACCCACCUCAGCUGCAUGCGCAGAUAUUUAAAGAAACAAGUGGAAUUGGUAAAAAUGACUGCUGGUUGUAGGAUCAACAGACACUCUCUCUGCACAGUGCUGUAUUCAUAUUUUAUCAGCAUAGAAGCCCCUGGCAUGAAUUCCUAGGAGCCUGGCUCUGAAAUCCUUUUCUUGCAUAGUCCAGAGGCCGAGCAGGAAGGAGACUUGUACUGGUCUCCUAAGUGAGGGGGUCCCACCAGGUCAGGCGUGGUCCUGCAGCCCCUGACUUUAGUUUUCCUAGCUGCUCAUCUGGCAGCCCACCUGCAAGGAAGCUCCCAGGCGUGGGUCUAGGAAGCUCUUCUCUUGAUGAAGAGGCAGCCGUUCCAUCACCCAUUGGCUUAGCCCAGGCGAGGAGGGCGGGUUCUGUGCCUCAUUAACGGAACACCGGGUGGCAUUUCCCAGGGGUACCCGGUGGGAAGGCAGAAGUGGGGCACUUCUGUGGGGAGGCAGAAGUGCCCCCAAUGUGCCAAAGCUGUAUUAUGCCCCAGAUCCUCUUCUGUUUGAGAAAACCACAGCUCGAAAUAGGAAACGCUGAACUCCCAAAGACAUUGCCGCCUGUUCCAGCGUAACCUGUUGAUCAAUGGAUUCCUUGAAUUCUGGCUCAACGUUGGCCCAGCUAGUUCAGGGAUGGGCAAGUUGUGGCCUUUGAGACGUUGGCAUUCAACUCCCCGUUGGCAACUUUGGCUAGGGCUGAAGGGAGUUGUAGGCCAGCCAUCUGGAGGCCCGCACAUCUCAGCUCAUGAAGGGGGCGUCUCGCUCUCCCCUUCCCUGGCCCGGUGGCUGAUCUUUCUGCCUUCCCUAGCCUGGAUCAGCUGACGUAGUCAUAGAGCUGCAUAUUGCUGUCACUAGCUCAGAUGGCUUUUGUCUUUCAUGUUUCUGCCGGUCGGGCAUAGAAGUUGUACAAAAGGGAAGGAACGAGUAGACCAUGAACAGAAAUCCUUCCCGAACUUCCUUUUUUAGAUAGUCCCAUAGCAGGAAUGAAUCCAAGCCAUUGGUGUUUAAUUUUUACUCUUCUGGUUUGCCUGGUUAUUGUUCUGCCUGCCUUUUUAAGACACCGUUUUCAAACUCUAAAGGUGCCUUCGGAUUUACAUUCCAGAGCUCUAUACUGGAGUGAUUUUUUGUCUCCAGUUCUUAGUCGGUGCCAAUAUUUAACCUCUUUUAAUAUUGAAUCUAGGAUUUUCGAUAAAGCUCUUGAUAAACAGGUUGGAUUAGCACUGUUGAUUUUUGUGUCAAAUUGUACCUGGGUCAUUGAUGUCUUUUGAAAGGAGCAUUGUCAAGGGUUCAACUUUAAACUCUAUCCAUAAUGGCUAAAAUUCAUCCAUAGGAAAGACCCCCGUCUCUGAGGCACUUUAAGAAAUAUGCAUGUUAAUCAAAGGGGCCAAGAGGCCAUUUGCAUAGGUGGACCAAGCUCUCUACUUUUAAUUAUGUAAAGUUCAUGAAGUCAGUAAAGGGACUGUCAUUUUGGUAUAUACGCAGUGAUUAAUGUGAGCUUAAAAGGAGAACGUUCCUAUAAACACCUGCCGUUAUGUGAAUCUUAGCAGUGUCAGCAGGGAGUUCUGUACAUUGUCCAGUUAGUCUCCAGGUGAUAUUAGUGACAUCCUUCACAUAGCAAUUGCUGAAUAUAGCUAAGGAGGGCCGGACCACGUCCGAAAUGUUCUGUCAAGGGGCUCUCAUUUCCUGGCAUAAUUUGGAGACUCUGCACACUUAAAAUCCCCCCCCCAUUUUUGCUGUUUUGUCAACUGGUUUUAUGUACAACCUUCAUUAAACUCACAUUAACCCCCAACGUUGUAUAUCCUCCAGAAAGCAAACGUGUAACUUUUCCGGCACAGGCCUCGUGGCUGUGCUUCUCCGCAGACUCGUGCAAGCAGCUCCUUGCUGCCAAGGCAAGCGGAAGGGAUUUUGUCACACGGCAUCAUAAAGUUGAUGUUAUUAAAAACAUUUAUGGCCUUGGGGCGGCGAAGGGGGGGAGGGCGGGGAGGAAGAGGAAAUCGAUGGCUGUCAAAUAGAAAAUGACCAAAAUCAGUGGUUGCAGAUAGACAGGAAUUAUUUUUCCAUCUACUGAAACGGUACAAGAGAAUCAAAACUUAAACUAGCCGGAGAAGUCUCUUGGCUCUGUCUGUUUAAAUUGAAAUUCUUUUUUGCUGAAAGCACCAGCCAGGGAGCAGGAGAGGAG